ACGUUGCUAGCUCCGCCUCCCUAUGGUGCGUUUCAAUUAGAGUAACGACCGCACCAUGAGUUCGAAGCUGGAUUAUCUCAAGAAGUACGUUUCAAAAGGCGAAAUCCUUCCAGGAGAGACUGGAGACAAAAGCAAGAAGAAGAAGAAGAGAAAAAAGGUCAAGUUGGCCUCCGGCAACGGCGGCGGCGGCAACUUGCCAUCGUGGACGAUGACGUGGACUGGCGUUCCCUCGUUCCGCAGGACAGGCCUGCAGGCAGCGACGAUGAGGACGACCCCGAGGACAAGCCAAUCGUGGCUGAGGUCCGUGAUGAGACAGUAGUGAAAUGGCAACCAUUAGGAAACACCUCCUCACCUCAAAAAGAAGAUCGGUCACCUAAUUUAUCCCCUUCAAGACCUAGCUCUACAGACGUCAGUCCUCCGCGAAGACAGAGACACGAUUCACCAGACAUCAGCCCUCCGCAAAGAAAGAGACACGAUUCACCAGACAUCAGUCCUCCGCGAAGAAAGAGACACGAUUCACCAGACAUCAGUCCUCCGCGAAGAAAGAGACACGAUUCGCCAGACAUCAGUCCUCCGCGAAGAAAGAGACACGAUUCGCCAGACAUCAGUCCUCCGCGAAGAAAGAGACACGAUUCACCAGACAUCAGUCCUCCACGAAGAAAGAGACACGAUUCACCAGACAUCAGUCCUCAGCGAAGAAAGAGACACGAUUCACCAGACAUCAGUCCUCCACGAAGAAAGAGACACGAUUCACCAGACAUCAGUCCUCCGCGAAGAAAGAGACACGUUUCACCAGACAUCAGUCCUCCGCGAAGAAAGAGACACGAUUCACCAGACAUCAGUCCUCCGCGAAGACAGAGACAUGAUUAGAUUCACUAGAUACACAAAGAAGAAACAGAGCACAUUCUAAUUAUGAUCUGAGCCCACCACGUAAGGAAUCGAAAUCUCUCAACAAAAAAAAAUCAGCAGACGUCAAAGGACAUGAACAUGACUCUUUAAGCUCCCCUCGCCAAAGUAAACUUGAUGUUAGCCCUCAUCCAAAAGUGAGACACAAUUUGCCAGAUAUCAGUCCUCCUCGAAGAAAGAGGCACGAUUCAUCAAACAUCAGUAAACCACAGCCCCAAAUCUCCAGUAAAAAAUCUGAUAGAGACCUCAGCUCUCCACAAAGAAAGCCUUCGACAUCGAAACACUCUCCACCACCUCGUGCGAAAUCCUCUCCCCAGCCCACCAGUCGCCCAAAAUCUCCCCCGAAAAUGUCGAGCGGGAAGAAGGCUGGGCUCCAGGACGCGGAGGUCCUGAGGCAGGAGAACGCAGCGGCCCGAGAGAGAGAAGCGGAGAUGUUUCGCAGGAUGGAUCCGUCGGAGUCUGGCCGCGGGGUGGAGACGGUGUACAGAGACAAGGAGGGGAAGAGGAUCAACCUCAAACUGGAGAGACUCAAGAAGUUGCAGGAGGAGAAGAAGAAGAUGGAGGAGGAAGAGAAGUUCAUGGAGUGGGGAAAGGGGGUAGCGACUGUCAAAAUGGCAGAGGAGAAGAUAAAGGACGAGUUGUACGAGAUGUCGAAGCCCCUGGCCAGAUAUGCGGAUGACGAGGACCUGGAGAGGAUGCUCAAGGCCAGGGAGAGAGAGGGGGACCCCAUGCUGAAGUACAUCAAGAAGAAACCACAGCUGACUCCAACUGGAAAACCAAAGAAAGAGCGACCGACAUACAAGGGCUCGUUUCCACCCAACAGGUUUGGAAUCAGACCGGGGUUCCGCUGGGACGGAGUUGACAGAACCAACGGGUUUGAGAAGGCGUGGUUUGCCAGAGAGACCAACAAAAAGGCCACUGCCGACGACGCCUACAAGUGGAGUGUUGAGAACAUGUAGCCCUUUCUCCCUUUCUGUUUUAUGCAUGAUAAUUUGAAACAGGA